GAUGUACACCUCUGAAUCCACACAGGAUGGCAGCAACACUAUUGAGGCUGUGUUGUCAGCAGCAGAGAUUACAUUUGAAUCAUUGGAGAAUCCAGAGGCUUUUGGAGACCCCUAUCAAGUCGCCAUGAAUUAUGUGGAGGAACAUAAAAUUCUGCAGAUUUUUCAGGAUAUCACAGAAAAAAUGCUGAUCCAAAAGCCUGAUGACCCCUUGCAGUUCAUAUUGCAGGAGCAGAUGAAGAACAACAAGUACAACCACCUGAGCUUUUGCCAGAGAAAUGUUCAAGGCACCAGUAAUACUGACUUUGUGAAAAAUCCAGAGUGCUGAAGGAAAUGGAAUAUUCUCCCCGCU